AUGUGGUCGCAAACUGACCUAGAUGCGUUCUGGAAGCACCUACGGGAACAGCCGAACAAGACGAUAGACGUUUACGACUACGCGGUGGUAGAGCCGACUCUAAGGACACGAAGAUUGACAGUCCGGGAAGUAUUGUUGCAUUGGGAGCUCCCAACACAGGAGCGACAAGCUCUCAAUCUCCUGGAUAUCGAGAACAGAAUGGGGGACUUCUGCCCAAUCGAAAUAGUCCAACAUGAUCCUUACAGCAAACUAUCUCUCCUAUCUCCGGAUAAUGUUGGAAAAACCGACUCGGACUGGAAAAAUAGUCGAAAAGAAUUUUUCCUUCUCAGCGGGGCAAACGCGAUCUCGUCUAUUCAUGUGGACAAUGGAGGUCAGCUAACGUGGGUUCUUAUCCUCGAAGGUCGGAAAAUUUGGUACUUUCCUCGCAAACUAACAGCGACGCUGUCCUGUUGUUGGCUGUUAUGGGCUCUCAGUGUCCUCGAGCAUAUGAAGAAGGCUGGGUACGGGUAG